AGAGGAAACGCGGAGCUUCACACAACAACGCAGCCUAAGACUUUACUGUUCAGACAGAGGUGUGGAGAAGCAGCAGCGACACACAUUCAGAGAGAAACAAGGGAUAAUGGCAUCAGAGUCAGAUUCAGGUUGGAGCAGCAGAUCACACAGCAUUAAAUCACCUCCCGAGAUGAGUGACGGGAGUGAGCUGAGAAUUGUGCUACUUGGAAAGACGGGAGCAGGGAAGAGUUCAGCAGGCAACACCAUCCUGGGAAGGGAGGCAUUUAAGGAGAAUUUCUCCCUAGAGUCUUGUACCCAAAUGUGCGAGAGACAGGAAGGAACAGUACAGGGUAGAAGUAUCACUGUGAUUGACACACCUGGCAUUUUUGACACAUCCAUGAAAAAGAAGAAGAUGAAGUGCAUUUCUCAGUCUGCCCCAGGACCACAUGUGUUCCUGCUGGUGAUCAGCCUGAGGAGUAGGUUCACAGAGGAGGAGAAGAACGCAGUGCAGUGGGUCCAGAAGAAUUUUGGAGAAGAAGCUUCACGGUACAUUAUGGUGCUGUUCACUGGAGGGGAUGAUCUGGGUGGCAGACCUGUGAAGGAGACUUUUACAUCGAGUGUUUCAGAGCUCAUCCGUAAAUGUGGUGAUAGACACUAUGUCUUCAACAACAAGGAGAGUGAUGACCCCACUCAGGUUACUGGGCUUCUGCGUAAGAUAGAGGAGAUGGUGGAGGAUAAUGGGGGGCAGCAUUACACCAAUGAGAUAUUCAUGAAGGCACAAGGAAAGCUAAUAACAGUGACAAAAUGGCUCACAGAGCUAGGAAAGAGACUAAUGCAGAGAGUUAAAGACAAAGGAACAAUUGCAGUGCUACAGGAAACACUAUCAGCAAUAAGGCAGAUAUUAAUAUCAGCAACAGCAUGUAUGGUAAAGAAGCCAAAAGAAACAAUAUGGAAAACCAGUUUAGAAGCAGUUCAAAAGAUUAAAGAACCAGCAUCAGGAAUGACAUUAAUAGCAGCCCAGUUAACAGAAACAAUCAUGACAAUGAAUCUUGAAGAUACUGAAUCACCAGAAAUACCAGGAGUGGAGAAAGUAAUUUCAUUAAAGGAAGUAGAAAUGCAGAGAAAUCUAGAGUGUUUAACUGCUAUGAAGGAGGAUCCAAAAGUGGCAUUCGAGAAUGUGAUAAUAGAUGUAACAAGAUUGAUUGCGGCAGCAGCAUAGAAUUCAUGGAGCUUGACCAAGGAUUCAUACUCUGAAUUAAUUCAUUAAUAAAUCUAGCUGGAUAAAUAAUUCAAAGAAAAAUACAAAAAUGCUUUGCAUAAAAUGAGAAAAGCUAAGAAACAGUAGAGCUCUUGCAUUUGCUCUAUUAAACUUGAUUACUCGAAUAUUAAAAAUAAUUUUCCUUCUGGAUUAUUCAGCAACAUGGCAGAAGAAGAUGGCAAAGGGUCCAAAUAAAAUAAUCUCUGCCUGAUGCACGCUCUGCCACAAUGGGAAAUAUAUCCAUGGAAU